AUGAUCUUCACCACUCAAGUCGCAGUCGCUGCACUGCUUGCCUCCAGCUUCGCUGUUGCUCUCCCCUACGACACCUUUGUCCCCAGCAGCAGUUCCAAAGAGGUCAAGACUACUUCUUCUUCCGCCGGCUACGGAACCUUCCCAACUCCUUCCACCAGCAGCACCUGGGUCGAUACCACUACCAAGAAGACACAGACUUCGGAGACCAAGAAGACCCAGUCGACCUCGUCCAAGUCCACUGAAUCGAAGACUACACCCACUACCAGCACCUGGGGUCAGUCGACCUCAAGCAAGUCUACUGAAAGCAGCAAGACUACCCCAAUUACUACAUCCAAGUCUUCCAGCACUUGGAGUCAGUCUAUUUCAAGCAAGUCUACUGAGAGUAGCAAGACUUCUCCAGUUACUACAUCCAAGUCUUCGAAGACCACCUGGAGCCAGACUACUGAGACCAGCAAGACUACUAGCAAGAGCAAGAGCACGUCCAAGUCAAGCAGCUCCAGCCACUCCUCGAGCACUUCCCACAGCACCUCCAAGAGCAAGAGCUCUUCCACCAGCCAGAAGACCACCAGCGUCAGCACUUCCUGCAAGACCGAAUACACUACUUUAACCUCCACUGGCUAUCUGACCACAGUCACCUACUCGGCAACCACCGUCUACGUUCCUACCGUUAGCACUUCGGCCUACGUCUCCACCAGCGUUUACGUUUCUACUGGAUACACCACAGUUACCCAACCCACCGUCGUCACAGAGACCAAGCCUGUCGUCACCGAAAAGACCACCUGGAGCACCUACUCGACCUGUCUUGUAACCUCUAAGCCGGUCACCGUUACCCAAACAGCCUACGAAACCAAGACCGAGACCAACGUGGUUACUGAGACCAAGCCUGUUGAGCACACUGAAACAAAGACCGUCACUGAGGUCAAGACCAUCACCGUCAGCAAGCCCGAAGUCGAGAGCAAGACCAUCACAGUCACCAAGCCAUUCACCACUCAAUACACCUCCGGCAAGCAAGUUUGCACGACCGUCCCUGCCAUCCCCGUCUACGGUGGUGGCGGCGGCGGCUACGGCUGGUAA